AUCAAUCACAUAUAUCACUCAUCACGUGUUUAACUUCAACCUUGGUGGUUGCGAGACAUCCUUACCUCAUUCUUGGCAGCUUACCUAUCGCAGCUACAACUGCGUCAUUUACCCGUGCCCCUCAUACGACAAAAAUCCAAGAAGGCCCUCUCCAUCCCAACUCACCUCAACUACAAUUGCACUCCCAAUUAUCAGAUCAGACCCCCAAAUCCGCCAUCAUGAAAGUCGCCUUCUUCAGUACCAAACACUAUGACGAAGAAGCAUUCAACAAAGUCAAUGCAAGCCUCGGGUCCCCACUGGAUAUAACAUAUCUUCAGCCCUCACUGAGCAUCAAAACCGUUGCGCUGGCGAAGGGGCAUAAAGCCGUUUCGUUGUUCGUGAACGACACUGCUGAUGCUGAGGUUUUGAAAGCUUUAGCAGAGUUGGGGGUUGAGAUUAUUGCCUUGCGUUGCGCCGGAACCGACAAUGUCGACCUCCCCACUGCCGCCACUCUCUCCCUCACCACCGUCCACGUCCCCUCCUACUCCCCCCACGCCGUCGCCGAAUUCGCCGUCGGCCUCCUCCUCACUUUGGUCCGCAAAUACCACAAAUCCUUCAACCGCACGCGCGAAGGUAAUUUCUCCCUCUCCGGCCUCGUGGGGUUCAACUUGAACGGCAAGACGGUUGGGAUUAUAGGCACCGGGCAGAUUGGGAUGUUGGUGGGGAAGAUUCUGAGUAAGGGGUUUGGAUGCAGGGUGUUGGCUUAUGAUUUGUAUCCGAAUCAGGAGAAGGCCAAGGAGUACGGGGUUGAAUAUAAAUCCCGUGACGAGGUUCUCAAGGAGGCGGACAUCCUCACUCUCCACUGCCCGCUCACACCCUCUUCCCACCACUUACUGAACAAAGAAACCCUCGCCCUCACCAAGCGCGGCAUCGUCAUAAUCAACACCUCCCGCGGCGGACUAAUCGACACCAGAUCCCUGAUCCGCUCUUUGAAAUCCGGCCACAUCGGCGCUCUCGGCCUCGACGUGUACGAAGGCGAGAAAGAGUAUUUCUUCAAAGACGGCAGCGGGGGAGUCAUCCAAGAUGACGAUUUGACAAGGUUGAUGAGCUUUUAUAAUGUGGUUAUUAGUGGACAUCAGGCGUUCUUGAGUAGGGAGGCGCUGGAGGCGAUUGCGGAGACGAGUGUGGGGGAUGUGGUGAAGGUGGGGAGGGGGGAGGUGGUGGAGAGGAAGGUGCAGGUUAAGAAGUAG